GACACAGUUGAGAAGCACUAUGGCAUCCGCAUUGAAUACAUGUUUCCAGAUGCUGUUGAAGUUCAGGCAUUAGUAAGGAGCAAAGGGCUCUUCUCUUUCUACGAGGAUGGGCACCAGGAGUGCUGCCGCGUGAGGAAGGUGAGACCUCUGAGGAGGGCCCUUAAGGGGCUACGUGCCUGGAUCACCGGCCAAAGGAAAGAUCAAUCUCCAGGUACUAGGUCUGAAAUUCCAGUUGUCCAGGUCGACCCUGUUUUUGAGGGACUGGAUGGUGGGAUUGGGAGCCUGGUGAAGUGGAACCCAGUAGCAAAUGUUGAAGGUCGUGACAUAUGGGACUUCCUUCGUGCCAUGAAUGUGCCCGUGAAUUCACUGCACUCGAAGGGGUACAUCUCAAUUGGUUGUGAGCCAUGCACAAGGUCAGUCCUACCAGGGCAACAUGAAAGAGAAGGAAGGUGGUGGUGGGAGGAUGCCAAGGCUAAGGAAUGUGGUCUUCACAAAGGCAACAUUAAACAGGAAGAGGGAAACCAAUCUAAUGGUAAUGGGGCUGCACAUUCAAAUGGCACUGCCACUGAAACUGAUAUCUUU